GACAGAGGCGGAGUCUUCUGCCGAGGGACGUUCGGAAGAAGGCGGAGCCUACCUCGCAUCAGGACCAGUCAGACUGCACCUGCAUCCUUAGCUCAGAGCAUCCCUGGAGCAUCUUAACAGGCGAGCGCAGCUGGCAACCAGGGACCGGACCGUCGCAGGAGGCGUCCGCCAGAUACCUUCCCCCUCCCUUGACCUAGAGCUCUACAGCGGCGGCCUCGGCACUGACCGGGGGUCCCCAGAGUUGUCUGCCCAUUGCAAAAGCAUUUAUAGCAACAACCUCUGAUUACGACAUGGCUGAGAUCACCAAUAUCCGACCUAGCUUUGAUGUGUCACCGGUGGUGGCCGGCCUCAUCGGGGCCUCUGUGCUGGUGGUGUGUGUCUCGGUGACCGUCUUUGUCUGGACAUGCUGCCACCAACAGGCAGAAAAGAAGCACAAGACCCCACCGUACAAGUUUAUUCACAUGCUCAAAGGCAUCAGCAUAUACCCAGAGACCCUUAGCAACAAGAAGAAAAUCAUCAAAGUGCGGAGAGACAAAGACGGCCCCGGGAGGGAAGGUGGCCGCGGGAACCUGUUGACGGACGCGGCAGAGGCUGGCCUGCUGGGCCGCGACAAGAGUCCCAGGGGGGCUAGCUCUGGCUCUUGUAUAGACCAGUUACCCAUCAAAAUGGACUAUGGGGAAGAACUGCGGAGCCCCAUUACGAGCCUGACCCCUGGGGAGAGCAAAACCACGUCUCCAUCAUCUCCAGAGGAGGAAGUCAUGCUUGGAUCCCUCACCUUCUCAGUGGACUAUAACUUCCCGAAGAAAGCCCUGGUGGUGACAAUCCAGGAGGCGCAUGGGCUGCCCGUGAUGGAUGACCAGACCCAGGGCUCUGACCCCUACAUCAAAAUGACCAUCCUUCCCGACAAGCGGCAUCGGGUGAAGACCAGAGUGCUGCGGAAGACCCUGGACCCUGUGUUCGACGAGACCUUCACCUUCUACGGCAUCCCGUACAGCCAGCUGCAGGACCUGGUGCUGCACUUCCUCGUCCUCAGCUUUGACCGCUUCUCCCGGGAUGACGUCAUCGGGGAGGUCAUGGUGCCACUGGCCGGGGUGGACCCCAGCACAGGCAAGGUACAACUGACCAGGGACAUCAUCAAGAGGAACAUCCAGAAGUGCAUUAGCAGAGGGGAGCUCCAGGUGUCCCUGUCCUACCAGCCCGUGGCGCAGAGAAUGACAGUGGUGGUCCUCAAAGCCAGACACUUGCCGAAGAUGGAUAUCACCGGCCUCUCAGGUAAUCCUUACGUCAAGGUGAAUGUCUACUACGGCAGAAAGCGCAUCGCCAAGAAGAAAACCCACGUGAAGAAGUGCACUUUGAACCCAGUCUUCAACGAGUCUUUCAUCUACGACAUCCCUCCUGACCUCCUGCCUGACAUCAGCAUCGAGUUCCUCGUCAUCGACUUCGAUCGCACCACCAAGAACGAGGUGGUGGGGAGGCUGAUCCUGGGGGCACACAGCGUCACGGGCAGCGGUGCCGAACACUGGAGAGAGGUCUGCGAGAGCCCCCGCAAGCCCGUGGCCAAGUGGCACAGUCUGAGCGAGUACUAAUUCUGUCCUUGCCUCUAACCCUGGGGCCGGGCUGGGGAGGGAUGCGGCAGGGAGAGAGAUGACAGAGAAGCGGACUCGAAACCUCAUUUUAGUUGUAGAAGAAAAUUUCGUACAAAUAAACCCCACAAAGAACACCCCACGUGACCACAACUGCAGAUCAGUUCUUAGCGAUGAUGACUUUUCUCUUUGCAAGGCACUAGAAAUUGUUUUUUUUUUUUUUUUAAAUGGGGGAACAAAGAGGAGGAAAGACCCCCCCAACACACGUCUAUAUAUAACAAUGUAAUCUUAUGCUUGCAUGUCUAAUACAAACUGAAAAAAUUAGCCUAACUGCCAAUAUCAAGUUGCAGAUUUUAAUCCAUGAAAAUUGUGUUUUGUGCCGAAUUGUAUUUGCUGAUUACCUGAAAUUGGCCUCUUUUUAUUGGGCUUCUCUGGAGAAUUACUCCCACUCCCCACCUCUGCAGAAGAAAAUUUUGCUCUUGUAAAACCUCAUGUUUUCAUCACCCCCAUCUCUCCUCCCCAUUACCUCUUACAUCUCUGCUCUUUGACUAAGCGCAAGGUCCAGAGGUUUGUCAUAAGCCAAGAAACAAAGGUGGGAUGGGUAAGGCAGGGUUUGCAGGAGAAAGAGUAAAUGAGACCUGGGGUAUUUUUGCGGUCAGCCCUCCUGCGAAGGGGUCAAGGGCAGUCUGACUAACUAGUAGCCCCAGGGAGGCACAUAGAACCCACCAGACUUAGCAGGUAGAACUUGGAUUUAGAAAAUUAGAUGACUUUAUUAAAAGGAGCUUUGGAGACUUCCAAUUCUGCUAUAGCGAGUACCCACGAGCCCGUCUAGCUGACCCCACCUGCCACCUGCAGGUACGAGGUCAAGGAGAGAAGGAAGGAGAUGGCCGCCAUGCCCCAUGGCAGCCAGUCAUGGUAAGGACAGCCAGGUUUUGACUGAUGGGUUAGGAGUCAUCAAAGUUUGAAAGAUGACAUUGAUCUUUGCUUUUCCAGAAAUGGUGACCACAAAGAAGCUUGAGUCUUCUCAAGUGGCUUAGAAGUUAUAAUGGGGGGUCCAGCAGGUGAUAUGGUGUGGUAAAGGCACUGCACACUCCCACAUGGC